AUGUUCUAUGGCUCUCAUCCUCAAUCUAUUUUGACUUAUCAGGGUCGAAUAGUCGCUGUUGAGGAUCUUAUAUACGACAUCCUUUGCUUCUGCCAUCUCGCUAGCGAACACGGCGAUCAGGACGCUACGAACGCCCUAAUUCAAGAUAACUACGCCUUUGUUCCGUUUGCGCUCGUUAGAUAUUUCGUGGGUUCCUGUCCAAGUUGCGUUGAGAAGUCGUUGAAGAAGGCCAUGGAUGUCAUGCCGGCUCAAGGCAAUCGUAUGGUCGAUGAACAGAAGCCUGGCCCCAUGAGGGCGGAUAGCACCCUCGUCAAUGAUACGCCGUCCAACUCCGCGUCUGCAUCCAGGUCUUCAAUUCCUCUGCUCUCUCCAGAAACCUCAAAAUCAAAAGUACCGGUGGCUAUUACCAUUGAUAUUGUGGAUGAAACAGGUCGGGAAAAAGAAGAGGAGGAUUUUGUGAGAUACCUUCAUCUGGAACGUACACUCCGGAAUCCUGUCACCAAGGUCAAACUUCCUUUGAUGGCCACACGCUCUAGUCCCGGAUUCCGCCCGCCCUCUACCUCGUCUCCUGGUGCUAUUGAGCGCGUUACGAGUCUUCCGAUGUCGCGGGAGGUCUCCCUCUAUCAAGGCAUUCCCAAUGGGUGGCAAUACCAUUUCCCAGAUUAUGAAUCCGCGUUGAAUGAGUUCGUCAAACAGAAGGACGAUUCGUUGAUUCUUCCUAGUGAAGGCGUGUCCAAGAAAAGGGACGCUGUUCCUCGCGUCCCGAGUAUUGCACCUUUGAGAGGCGACAAGAUACAUAAUACUCUUGGGAAUGGCAGAGAGCUCUUUGAUCACGAGCCUCCGAGCUUCCGAAAGAGGGAGACUGUGCAGGAAACGCCCAAAGACGACCUUCUGAGCCUCGCCCUAGCUCAAAUCGAAAAAUUUAGUGUCAGCUUUGAGGGUUGUAAAGUAAGAGUUCUCGCAUGCUAUGCCGACUGGGGAUGCUUACUUUGA